AUGGUUAGCGACGGGGAGAAGCAGCUGGGCCUGAGUUACGGUCGAGACACGCUGCAGACAUCUCCAGAUGCAAGCGACAAAGGCGAUGUGGAACAUCUUAGCAAACCGGACUCGAAGCUCGCUCUGUCAGAAGAAGAGGCUUUGGCACGAUCCAGGGCAGAUCCUGAGGGUAUGCUCCCAAUUUAUCUGACCUUUGCGCCGAAUGAUCGAGAUAAUCCUCGCAAUUGGGCGAAACGGAGGAAGUGGUACAUCACCUGCUUCGCCAGUAUGCUCAAUGUCGUCACAUGUCUGUGCGCCGGUAGUAUCUCAUCAGGAGCUAUGGAAAUACAAAAGGAGUUCCUUGUUUCUGCCGAAAUCACCACGCUCGCUCUGUCGCUCUACGUUCUAGGCUUUGCCGUUGGACCGGUUCUCCUUGCACCGUUGUCUGAAUAUUUCGGCCGUCAGCCCGUCUACAUGGUCUCCUGGUUUAUUCUCUUCAUAUUCCAACUCCCAGUGGCCCUAGCUCCCAACAUCGGCACCAUCCUCGUAUGCAGGUUCAUCGGCGGCUUUGCAGGAGGAGCACCAUUGACCAAUACCGGAGGUACCGUAAGCGACUUGUGGAGGCGAAACGACUCUGGUGGUCCAAUGGCGGUGUACGGUCUCAGCUCGACACUCGGACCUCCUUUGGCGCUUGUGAUGAGCGGGUACAUCGGCCUCAACUCCGGCUGGCGCUGGAUAUUCUGGGUACUUAUGGCCAUCACCGGCGCCUUUUGGGUCCUGCUCGUCUUUACAAUCCCCGAAACUCGGCACACUAUCAUUCUACAAAAGAAGACCAAACGUGUACGCAAAGCCAUGAGAAAAGAGGGUCUGAAAGCCGCAGAUUCUAUCACCGAUGCCAACGCCGAUGAGCGAAAAGGGCUGCACCAGCUCUUCGCCAUCACACUUACCCGACCAUUCCACUUCCUCUUCACCGAACCCAUCACAUUCUUCGCUGCAAUUUACAAUGGAUUCCUGUACGGCCUCGUCUACCUAUUCAACGAAGCAUUCCCUCUCGUCUUCGGGCCUGGAAAAGGCCAUGGGUUCAAUGGUGGGGAACAAGGUCUUGCAUUCCUUGGCCUUUGCAUCGGACCGAUCAUCGCGUUUCUGUUCUACCCUCUUCAAGAACGCUACUACUUGCGGCGAGUCGCCGAGAAUGACGGCAAAGGUGUCCCCGAAGCACGGAUGUGGAUGGCCCGUCUUGGCGCUCUGUUCAUUCCAGUCAGUCUAUUCUGGUUUGGCUGGACAAGCUACCCCAGCGUGCACUGGAUCGUACCAAUCAUUGCAUCUGCGGUGUUCGGUGCGGGGAUCUACAUUAUCAUCUUGAGUAUCUUGAACUAUGUCGUCGACAGCUACCAGACUUAUUCCGCAUCUGCGCUCGCAGGUGUGAUCUUGGUACGCAACAUUGUGGGCGCUGGAUUUCCGUUGUUCGCGACGCAAAUGUACAACAAACUCGACUACGAGUGGGCGUCUUCGUUGCUGGGAUUCAUCGCAAUUCUGCUGGUGCCGAUCCCCUUCAUCUUUUUCUACAGAGGCGAGACCAUCAGGCUGAGAAGUCCGUGGGCGAGAGAGCAUUUCAAUCAAGAUGAAGACAGCCCUCAUUAG